AUGGAACUGGUGUCAUUUGGCAAGGAAUUGCUUCACGAAGCCGCAGAGGUCGCUGCUAGUUAUCGAGUGGGUCAAUCGGCCCUCAGAUUCGUUGACAAAGCCCUUUGGACCGUCGAGAAGUCGGCGAGAUGGGCCGUGCCACCACCCCUGGAACAGGACGAGAGACAGCCAGAGUUAAUACGUCCUCUACCCUGGGUGUUCUUCCUGAUGUUGCUGGUAGCCCUUCGAGUCAUCAGAGAGUCCAUUUCUCUCAUUAAUUUGUUCCUUGGGAAGCCGCCGCUAAGAUCCGCCGAUGUGGUGAUAUACAUCCAAGGAAAGCGUCGCUACUUGCGCACGUUGAAAUACCAAGGCAGUCGAAUGAUGCGCGCGCGCAGCGAGCCCAAGUCUUGGCGAAGUGGGAUUUACUCUCUGUUCGAGUUUACGAUGUGCUUCAGGAACUCUCACUGCCCCAAUAACAACUCGCAAAGCAGUGGAGACGAGCUGGUGAUGGUGUCCAGGAACGAGCCUAGCAUGGAGAGACUCCUGGAGAAGAUGGUGCAGGUCGAAGCCGACACCGACGACGCCAGCGAAACGGAGGAUUAUUGUUCAAUCGUUUCGGCCGCGAACACGAGGAGCGACGCGGAAAUGACGGAAGCCACCCUCGACAAGUCGUUCGAGGACUCCCGGGAAGAGAUCGUCACCUCCACUCCGGAGAAGCGAGACUCCGCUCCGGUGCACGGAGACGUGUCCGGAAUCGAGAACGCCCGGCUCGAAUCCGUCCUCGACUUCGUUCGACACGAGCGGAACGGACCGAACCCCGCCCACAAGAUAGGUGAGGCACCCCGAGCCCCACUUGAUUUGCCAACGGCAGAUCCGCGCACGCGUCGCCCUCCCGAGAGAGGUGAGUUCCCCGACCCGGACUUCGCCCCAUCCCUCGGCCGACGGCUUCCUAAUAGCUCGGAUUUUCCACAGGAUCGCAGGAGGCGAACUGAUAUAUUGAAGGUUCCACCGAACGAGCCUUACCAUUAG